GAAUGCGAAUCGGAGUCAAAGAUUGAAGCGGGAUUUCGCAGUGAUUACCGGGUGAGUGCGAAGGUGGAACGGAGUAGUGUUCGGCCAAGCGGGCGGCGCGGUAUGUUGUCGACUUUCCUUGUCGAAGAAAUGUCGUCGGCGUCCGACGUGAUGGCCAAGUAAAACGCGUAAAACAAUGUCGAGUCCGAUAGUUAGUCAUACGCAGUCACUCGGCGACACUGUUGAGACGAACGUGCAGGUGAUUUGCGCGGUCUGCAACAAGACUGACAAGCUGCUAAGGUGCUCGCAUUGCAAGGCAGUGUACUACUGUACGAAGGACCAUCAGAGACGUGACUGGGAACGUCACAAGGAAUUCUGCACGACUCACCCCGCGCGUGAUGCACCCGUGGACAAACAGACGUUCCCAAUUGCGAACAGAAAUUUUAAUCGCGACGUACCGUCCAAGCAACAUCACUCCGUCGGCAAUCGUAGAACUCCGAGAGCGCGAGUCUCUAACCUAAACAACAUCCCUGUCGCGGAUGCAUCGUGGGCGACGAACGUCACCGCAGAAUCAUAUCGAAACACGAAACAUUUCACAGAUUCUGUGACACAAGGGGAAAACAAAUCGAGUCAACAAGAACGAAAGGAAAAUCAGAAUCUUAAGAAAAAACCAAGUGGAAAGAAUAGGAACUCACGUAACAGCAAAGCAGAUGGUUGGACUUCACCUAUAACAUAUGAAGGAAGCUCAGAGGAUACUAUAUUAGAGGCUUGUGAUGAGCUUCUAAAUCCUGCUUUAGAAAGCUCCAGAAUCUUCAAUAGUUUAAAUAAUACAGAUCUCUGUUUGUUGGUGCAACAUCAUAACGGCAUGAAAAACUUCCCAGAAGUUCGGUUGGGUCAGGAGGAGGAGCUUUUACCCCCCUUUUUACAUAGAAAUAGAAAUAAUCUCGAAGAAUUCAUAGAUAAAAUUUGCCAAUAUGUGAUUAGGGAUAUGGAUAAGUAUGGUGUGUGCGUGGUGGACAAGUUUUUAGGCAAAGAAAAAGGUCUUGCGGUGCUAAAGGAAGUUUUAGACAUGUACAGUGCUGGACUGUUUAAAGAUGGACAAUUGGUUUCUAAUAAAGCUAGUGCAAAUGACUUAAAAACAAUUCGUGGUGAUCAAAUAAUAUGGCUGGAUGGAAAAGAGCAACAAUGUCAAAAUAUUGGCAUGCUGAUAUCACAGGUUGAUGCAAUCAUUAUGAGAGCCAAUAAGAUGCACGACAAUGGGAAAAUAGGAAAUUAUACAAUCACUGGAAGAACAAAAUUUUUAGGAGCGCAAAUGUUACGAUGACACGCUGAGGUGAACAUGAUAGAACAAGGUCAGGAUUCCAAAAAUGCGCUGAUCUUUUGCGAGGGAGCAUUGUGCCGAAAGGAGAAGGAGAAUGGGUACGAGAGGCGCGAAGUGCAGUCAGUCACGUACGCCGCGCAACUCCGUCCGUCCCACUCUCUUUCUCCAUGUUUACACCGACGGGACUCUACACACAUUCAUUUUUGCACUACUAACUCCCACUAAGUUGUUCAAUCGCACCAGCGCCUAGUGGCUACUUUUGAUGAAUCUCUGACAAAAAAGAUAUAUUGAUUUUUGAUGAAGUUCUUGUUUUCAUUAUUAGUAUUAUAUAUAAAGAA